ACUGCUGGAGUCCAUGAUUCCUGUGAAGAUGAUUAACUUCCCACAGAAGAUUGCAGGCGAGCUGUAUGGACCCCUCAUGCUGGUUUUCACACUGGUGGCCAUCCUUUUGCAUGGGAUGAAGACCUCAGACACCAUCAUUAGGGAAGGCACACUGAUGGGCACGGCCAUUGGCACCUGCUUCGGUUACUGGUUGGGCGUCUCCUCUUUCCUCUAUUUCCUGGCCUAUCUGUGCAACGCUCAAAUCACGAUGGUGCAGAUGCUGUCACUGUUGGGCUAUGGUCUUUUUGGACACUGCAUCACUCUCUUUGUCACCUAUAAUAUACACUUCCACUCCCUCUUCUAUAUCUGCUGGCUGGGUGUCGGAGGACUCUCUACACUACGAAUGGUUGCUGUGUUGGUGUCACGCACCGUGGGGCACACCCAGCGGCUCAUCCUGUGUGGGACCCUUGCUGCUCUGCAUAUGCUUUUCCUCCUCUAUCUGCACUUUGCUUAUCACAAGGUGGUAGAAGGUAUCCUGGACACGUUGGAAGGACCCAACAUGCCACCUUUUCAGAGAGUUGCCCGAGACAUUCCGGUUGUUUCCAAUGCUGUAUUGAACACAACAGCCAAAGCCAUUGCGUUGACCGUGUAGUUCACAGACUUGGACUUGCUUCCUUCACUACUUUUGAGGCUGCAUAGGGCCAUAAUAACCCACUGCCUCUUAGGAACAGGACAGAACAGCAGGAAGAAGACUUAGAUUUGUUUUCCUGGAUGUGUCCUUUGGGUUGCAGUUUUGAGCAGCUGAGUGGACUGCACCUCAGUGACUCAGAAGAACUACUCUCAUACUCCACCCAGGUCUGGGAUGUCUUGAGCAGAGUGGUUCUGUUGCCUGUAUGUUUAGCUGGGAUUUUCCAGCACAGUUUGUCCCUUAGCCCUUUUUCUGCUUGCUGAUGUAACCCCAGGGGUAUCUGCCCUGUUCCUGUCCUGAGGAGGGAAGAAUUAAAUUGAUGUUGGUGCUGAGUGAUGUCUUAUGGUGGAGCCUACUUGUGUAACGAGAGCGUGGCGUUGGGUCUCUACACCUUCUUCUGUCCCAUCUUGGACUCAAAGGAUUCUUUGCAA